UUGCUUUCUUGGUUGCCUUUUGACUUACCUACCGAGGUAGGCCAACAUAUUCAGCAGUCAACUGUAAUUAAUCAUGCUUCAUGAUUGACGGAUACCACCGUGAUACCGGCGCACGUCUGGUUUUUCCUGGGUUAGGUGGUUUGCUAAAGUGCUAACCAGGAGCCACUAUAUACACCUCUCAGAUGACUAUUGCAGCUGUCAUCAACGAGGGGCACACCCCGACAAUUAACCGUCACGAUAGCAAACAUGUUGCAAGUCACCAAAUACCUUUCCAAAAGGACAGGGUGGUCAGUGAUGUUGAUGAAUUCGUUGUCAAUUCAAAUAAACUUGCCUCCGACCAUACGCAUCGCCGUCUAAAACCAAGACACAUACAACUUAUCGGCAUUGGUGGCACAAUUGGCACAGCGCUGUAUGUGCAGAUUGGCAAAGGCCUGAUGCAUGGCGGCCCUGGCAGUCUCUUCCUGGCAUUUUUUAUUUGGCAACGAGGCGGUCUCUACAAAGACUUGCCCUCUUGAGUCUCAAGAGGGCAUUGACUGGGACACGGCAUACUUGACAUUUUUCGUGAGAAAGCACGAGUCCGAAAUCUGCCUUUCUUGAUCUUUCGU